AUGGAUAAUUUGCCAGCUCUCGAAUCCUUUGCCUUACAAAUGUCCUCAAACCCUUCUUCAGAUAAGUGUUUAUCCCAGGAUUUUAAUCAGCUAAUUCCUACAAGUGAAGAUAUUUCUUACGCAGACUCUGAGUCUUCCUUAUGCUUGUCAUGAAGAAAUAUUCUUUAUCAAGUUGACCUUCACCAUAAUGAAGAAACCAUAUUAAAAGGUGUCUCUGGCUAUGCCAAAUCUGGAACACUUACAGUCCUUAUGGGUUCUUCAGGUGCUGGUAAGACUACUUUACUUGAUAUAAUUGCGGGGAGAAUCAGAGCCUCGGACAAUACAAAAAUUAGUGGAGAAAUUUUGCUGAAUGGAGCAGCCAUAAAUGUAUUAAGCAGAAAGCACACUAUUGCAUAUGUGACCCAAGAGGAUGUUUUGUUGCCUUAUCUUACAGUAAAAGAAUCAUUAAGCUUUAUAGCAAAACUGUCAAUGCCUGGACCAUCUGAAAAAAUAACUGAAAAAGUAGACCAAAUUAUCAAGAAACUCAAAUUGGGUCAAGUUUCUGAUAAUUUAAUUGGAAGUGUAAUUGUAAAAGGAAUUUCUGGGGGAGAAAGAAAAAGAGUCAGCAUAGGAAUGGAACUGAUUUCUGACCCACAGAUUGUUAUAUUAGAUGAACCGACCUCAGGGUUAGACAGCUUUACAGCUGAAGUUUUAAUUGAUGUGCUUUUAGAUUUGUCAAGGGAUGGAAAAAUCGUUAUUUCGACUCUGCAUCAGCCAAGCAGUUCGAUUUUUAAUAAAAUUGAUAAACUGAUAUUACUCAGCAAUGGGUGUACAGUUUAUGAUGGCCCAUCAUCGAAAUCAAGAAAAUAUUUUUCGAAACUUGGGUUUUCGUGCCCAAAAUUAACGAAUCCAGCUGAUUAUAGCAUACUGGCUAUUUUAAAAUAGAUUGGACUUACCAAUUUAUAUGGCUUCAAAUAUUUUCACUUUAUGAAAUUCUAUAUAAAAAAUAGCUAGAAAGCUAUAUUAUAUGAACUUGCUUCAUAUAAUUGACCGUAAAAAUAUGACAGAGGAAGAAAAAAACAUAUUAAAUACACUAACUUCUGUCUACGAAACUAAAGACAUAAUCCAAAAUAUCCCAAUCCCAAGCUCAAAUAGUCUUGCCAUAAAAUCUCCUCAAAAAAUCAGCAAUUUUCGUAAAUUUUGUAUCCUUUGUGAUAGAGGCUUUAUCAAUGCAAGGAGAAAUCCAGGAGCUUUAAUAGCCUGGCUUAUGCUUUUAAUCGUGAUUUGGGUUUUGACUGAUUUACUAUUCCAUGAUCUUGGAAAUGAUUUUCAUUCUAUUCAAAACAUCAAUGGAGUUUUGUAUUUUAUUACAAUGAACGCUAUUAUGAGCGGAAAUGCUUAUUCAGCAAUGGGAAUACCAUCUGAAAGGCCAAUAUACCUUAAAGAGUACAAUAAAGGAAUAUAUGGGACAUUUAUAUACAUUUUAGCAAAGCUAAUUUCAGAGCUUCCUUUCCAUUUAUUAGGAGCUGCAAUGACUGCUCUUAUGCUUUAUUUUGCCCUUGAUCUGAAUCUUAAUGCAGGAAAAUUUUUUAUUUUCUGUUUGAUUUUUUUCUUAGGGCAUCAAAUGGGAGGAGGACUUGGAUAUAUUGUAGGUGCUAUGUGCAAAACUCAAGAAAUUGCUUUAUUCCUCCUCUGUGAGCGAACAAAACAUUGGAAAAGUCCCUAUUUUUUGGUAAAGCCCACCCGAACAAAUAAUUUGUAAUAUGAAAAUUUUUAUAUAAACGAUAAUAAGUAUAAUGAAUCUCGAGCUGAUUUUGUUUAAUUUUAAACAGCUUGUUUUUAAAUUUUUUGAAGUUAAUUAAUAUUUGCUUUAAAAUUAUUUCGAAUAGGAUUUUUUUAAAUUUUGGAAAAAAAAUGAGCAGGAGCUAGCAAUUUCACAGAUUUUUGUAGCUCCGCUAAAUGCGUACGGAGGGAUGAUUAGCAUGAGCCGAUUGAACUAUAUAUUCUCCUGGAUCACAUACUUCUCACCGUUUUAUUAUACUUUUCAAGCCUUUACUGUGAAUCAAUAUACAGACAUGAACUUUAAUUGUGACCCAAAUGGACCAAAGUGCGACCCAUUGGAUGAUUUAGAAUUUGACUUCUCAAUAGAAAUGUGUAUCAUGGCAAUUAUUAUAUAUGCAAUUUUGACAAGACUUAUUUCCCUUAUAGUCUUAAAAAUUCUUGGAGCCAAGCAGAAAUAA